GGUUUAAACCGGCGGCGGUUGCCGGGCGGGUGUUUCGCUGCCGGGGCGGGACGUGGUUCCUGUCCCUGAGCCCGUGCCAUGGACCCCCGCCUCUACCACAUCGUCUAUCCCGGCGCCGUUAUUAACAUCCAGCGGAGCAACGGUGCAAUCCAUAAGGCAACCGUGAAGAUAGUGAACGUGGAACUUUCCAGCGUGACGGUGGAGUGGGUUGAGUGCGGCGCUACCAAAGGCAAGGAGGUUGAUAUUAGGGAUGUGAUUGAAGUAAAUCGUGAAUUAUUAGGACCACCUCCUGCUGAUGUGAAAGAGAAUGUUCCUUUGCAAGACAAUGUAACUUCACAGAAACAGAAGCGUAGAACAACCCUUUCAAAAAUUCCUGCUCCACGAGAAGCUGUGCGUGGCCGUUCCAGGAUGUAUGCUAUCACAGAAUCCCAGUACAGCCUCCAGGAAGAUGAGAUGGCAGUAGAUCCCUGCACUUCUUUGCAAACCAGGAGAUUUUCGUCAAAUCCUGCAGCUGGCCGAACCAGGGGUAGCAGGCUGGGUUGUGUUCCAGAAGCCUCACUGUCAAGUGUAAAUGGAAAUACAGAGAAUCAUCUGCCUGCUGCUAGAAUGAGCUCUUCAGAGAGCCCAGUUCGAAGAAGAUCUAACAUUGUGAAAGAGAUGGAGAAAAUGAAAAACAAGAGAGAAGAAAAGAGAGCCCAAAUGAGUGAAAUCAGAAUAAAACGAGCGCAGGAGUUUGACAGCACCUGUCCAAACUGGGAGUUUGCACGUAUGAUCAGUGAAUUCAGAGCAACUUUAAAAUGCCAGCCAAUAUCUAUAAGUGAUCCAAUAGAAGAGCACAGGAUUUGUGUCUGUGUGAGAAAGCGCCCUCUCAAUAGGCAAGAACUUACAAAAAAGGAAUGUGAUGUGGUUACUGUUCCAAGCAAGUGUGUCCUGAUGGUGCAUGAGCCAAAGCAGAAAGUGGACCUAACAAAAUACCUUGAAACCCAAACAUUUAGAUUUGACUUUUCAUUUGAUGAAACUUCUUCGAAUGAAAUGGUAUACAGAUUCACUGCUAGACCUCUUGUAGAGACCAUCUUUGAGGGCGGGAAGGCGACAUGCUUUGCAUAUGGCCAGACAGGCAGUGGCAAGACGCAUACUAUGGGUGGAGACUUCUCUGGGAGAACCCAGAAUGCCUCAAAGGGCAUAUAUGCUUUUGCCUCACGAGAUGUCUUCCUCCUCCUAAACCAGCCCAGGUACAGGAAUCAGAAUCUGGAUGUCUAUGUGACUUUCUUUGAAAUAUACAAUGGAAAAGUGUUUGACCUCUUGAAUAAGAAGGCCAAGCUUCGAGUCCUGGAGGAUGGCAAGCAACAGGUCCAGGUUGUUGGUCUCCAAGAAAGGCCAGUUGGCUGUGCUGAGGAUGUCAUCAAAAUGAUCACAAUUGGCAGUGCCUGCAGGACAUCUGGGCAGACUUUUGCAAAUGCCAGCUCUUCACGGUCACACGCCUGCUUCCAAAUCAUACUGCGCCGAAGAGGACAAAUGAUUGGCAAAUUUUCCUUGGUGGAUCUGGCAGGAAAUGAAAGGGGUGCAGACACAUCUAGUGCUGAUCGGCAGACACGGAUGGAAGGUGCUGAAAUCAAUAAGAGCUUGCUGGCUUUGAAGGAGUGCAUCCGAGCUUUAGGGCAGAACAAAUCUCAUACCCCUUUUCGGGAGAGCAAGCUGACACAGGUGCUAAGAGACUCUUUCAUAGGAACAAACUCAAGAACCUGCAUGAUAGCAAUGAUUUCUCCAGGCAUGAGUUCGUGUGAGUACACCUUAAACACACUGAGAUACGCUGACAGAGUGAAAGAGCUCAGCCCUCAUGAUGGAGGUAGUGAAGCUCAGAGUCAGAUGGAGACUGAGGAGGCUGACACCAGUACAGAAUGCUCAGAUCUUCAAUUCAAUUUCUCCAAGGAUGAGGAGGAAGAACUCUCUCCCCACAUGUUCAGCUAUCGAGAGGUUAUGACUCAAAUUAGUGAACGGGAGGAGAAGGUUGUAGAACAGCUCAGAGAACUGAGACAGAGAAUGACUGAACUUGACUACCUCUUGGGAAUCACAGAGAAACCAGAUUAUGAUCUUGAGACCUUUGUGAGCAGAGCUAAGUACUUCAUAGAGGACAGCUCAAAGAAUUUCCUCAGUGUCAAAGAAACACUGGAUGCCCUGGGGACUGCCAUGCAACUGGAGGAGCAAGCCAGCAAGCAGAUAAGCCGGCGGAGGCCUUAGUCAUUACAGCAAAACCUGGUUCACAAGCAAUCUUGCAUGCACUUGUCUUGUCUUGCAUGUUUGUCAGUGGUUUGUAUCACUCCUGUUUUAAAUGUGGUAGGGUUUCUGCAGGUCACAUGCCCAAGGGCAGUGAACACAGCAGCCUUUUUCUUCAUGGCCUGUAUCAGGGUACUCAGCAAAGUGCUAAAAUGCAUCCACUGCAAGGCUUGGGUAGGGGGCCUGAGAGUCUGCAGUCUCUGCCUGAGAUACCUGGCAUUUGGCCCUUUGCUAGUGACAAUGGUCGCCCCUAAGAGAACUAAAUACACAUGUAUAGUACAUAACCUUUUCCAGAUGUGCUUGAAACAUUGCAAAACUGUUUCAAGUUUUGCUUUUCUAGAAAGAAAAUGGACUAUGUGAUUGUAAAAACCAGUAUUUUAAGAAGUUGAAUAAAUAAAUGUUGUUGGAUCUCAUUAUCUUAUCUGUCCUAUAAAAAAUAUUUCCUGCUGAUUUUGGUAAAGUUUAACAUCUCCUAAAGACUGGCUGGUUUGGUUGUUGGUAGGGAGGCUGAUUUCUUAGAUCAAGUUUCUUUUCGAAGUUUUUAUACUUGUAAUGUUUACAUAAAAAAUCAUUUAAAAUAUGUUCUGUCUCUUAAUUUUGAGAUGCUGCUGGGAUCCCCUAAUGGGGAAAGCUGGCUUAGGUGUAGUUAUCUGCUGCUAUGGCCCUUAUAUGCAGCCUGGGUCCAGAUUGCCCUGCAGAACCUUCCUCUGGGAAAGAGCAGGUUAGGGGAGGAACAGUUGUAAGGCAUGUGCUGAUGCCUGCUUUUUCUUAUUUAUUCAGCUCAGUUCAGCAUUUGUCUUCAAAAGUAUAAAAUAGUUGUGUGAGCUCUAAGUUCAGCAACACAGGAUGCAGCUAUGCAAACAUCAGAUCACAAAGGGAGCCUUCUGCCAUUACUCCCUCUUUUCUAACAGCUACCUGCUCCCUCUGAAAGUCAAGGGUGUAAUUUAAGUGACAAGCACCCCCAGCUCUGCACCUGCCAUCUGUGGACUGCAUCCUUGCUGUGUGUCUGGAGAGGCCAGUUAUUCAGCCUGGACUGGAUCAAUUGUGUGCUAUGUUUCAGGGCUGGCCUGGAAAAAAAAGCAAAAGAGUUAAGGAUCUUUGAGGGAUGUGAGCAAACAUUAGUCACAAGCACUGAAAGAAAGAAGGGAUACUUCAACCCAGGCACAAUUCUCCUCUGCAGCAGGGGUCACAGGUUAGGUUCUGGGAGCAGAGUGGGGCUGAGCACUCUGAGGGUUUCUGAGCUGUGAAAGCUGACUUGGACCUGAGCUCUGCCUGCAUCAUACUAAGAUGACACAACCAGAUAAAAGGGCUGUUAUGCCCUACUAAGUCUGGACAAAAGCAAGACAAUCCUGUUCCACUUCAGGUGUUAGUACUCUUGGAUUAUCCUCUUCCUGUGCAAGAACAAUAUUGCCCACUCCCUUCCCUCUGUGGACCUAAUGUUGCUUAUUUUCCCUGUA